AGCACGUCUCCUUACGUGACGCCAGGGCGGGCGGAAAAGGGGCGGUUGCUGUAGUUGCUCCGGGCUGCUGAGGCUGGCGAGUCCGCUCACGGCUGACUUGUGCAGAAUGAAGCACACUGCGGCGUGGUGACGGAGGCCUAGAGGAAGGUACUCACAAGACCUGCACGUUGUCCCCAGCUGCACUUGCUUGCCAGCCACGCUUGCCGGCAACCCAGUCGCUAAGCAGCCAGUCUGGGCACUGGAGGCGGAGCAGGCGAUGGACCAAUACUGCAUCCUGGGCCGGAUCGGGGAGGGCGCACACGGCAUUGUCUUUAAGGCCAAGCAUGUAGAGACCGGAGAGAUCGUUGCCCUCAAGAAGGUGGCCCUGCGGCGCCUGGAGGACGGCAUCCCUAACCAGGCCUUGCGGGAGAUAAAGGCUCUGCAGGAGAUCGGGGACAAUCAGUAUGUGGUGCAGCUGAAGGCUGUAUUCCCACAUGGGGCAGGCUUUGUGCUGGCCUUUGAGUUCAUGCUGUCAGAUCUGGCUGAGGUGGUACGUCACACCCAGAGGCCACUUGCCCAGGCACAAGUCAAGAGCUACCUGCAGAUGCUGCUUAAAGGUGUCUCCUUCUGCCAUGCCAACAACAUUGUGCAUCGGGACCUGAAACCGGCUAACCUGCUCAUCAGCUCCUCAGGCCAGCUGAAGAUAGCGGAUUUUGGCUUGGCCCGGGUCUUCUCCCCUGAUGGCAGCCGCCUCUACACACACCAGGUGGCCACCAGGUGGUAUCGAGCCCCCGAGCUUCUGUAUGGUGCGCGCCAGUAUGACCAGGGGGUCGACCUGUGGGCCGUGGGCUGCAUUCUGGGGGAGCUGUUGAAUGGGUCCCCACUUUUCCCGGGGGAGAAUGACAUCGAACAGCUAUGCUGUGUACUUCGCAUCUUGGGCACCCCUAGCCCCCAACUCUGGCCGGAAAUCACGGAGCUGCCCGACUACAACAAGAUCUCCUUCAAGGAGCAGGCACCUGUGCCCUUAGGGGAGGUGCUGCCAGAUGCCUCUCCUCAGGCCUUGGACCUUCUGGGGCAGUUCCUUCUCUAUCCUCCAUACCAGCGCAUUGCAGCCUCCCAGGUCUGGAAUGAGGUUUCAAGGACAAAAGAAUUGUGGAGGCAGGUUUGUCUGAGAUGCUGGUGCUCCUACAAAGACUCCCAGAUGACCUUGGGCACACAAACAUGGAAACAGUACUGCCCCUGCCCAUCCAAGCUGGCAUUCUAAAUGGAUCUGGGGGCCAGAAUGGAAUUCAUUUGUAAAAACAUUGCUGGGCACACAGGAGAGAUAGAUAAGCUGGCUUACAUCUCAACCAGCAAGUAUGGCUUUGAUGGGCAGGGGGAGUCUGUGCUAUGCACUGUGUCCUCAGAUGGCACAGUGCAUGAGUGGGAUCUGUAUGAGGACGUGGAGAUCUGGCCAAGCCCUCUACAGCCUGCUGCUCUGGUGAAUUUGACUUACCCUUAGCUUCAGCUGGUUGUCACUAUGGACAAGUGGGGAUUAAUUAAAGUGUGGAAAGUACAGAACAGGUGGGAGUCAGCCUUUAUCUGCUUACCUACACAUUGUCUAGAGGCCUGUGACCAUCCAGAGGGUCCCUUCCUGCUGGUGACCUGUGUGGAUGGAGCACUCUACACACUGAUGGUGGCCCAGCUGCAACUGCUGUUCAGGGUAAGUAUGCUCCUGAAGCAACCUGCUAGCAUGUUCUGCUCUCCUGACUGCCAGUAGGUGUUUGCAUUGACUCAGAACUCAGACCUGGGCCCCAAGGUGUUCUACACGCACUCUUUGCUGUGCCCAUUGGAAGAUGAGCCUCCUGUUUCUACCUCUCUCAUUUGGUUGACUUCCAGAGCCUGCUGGAACUCUGAUGAGGCAGCCAGACUAGUGGGGAUGCACAGAAAUGACAAUGGCAUGCAGUUGGUGGUCAUCAUCUACAAGCUAGGGGCUAAGAAGUCCAAGGAUGAAAUAAACAUUCUGGUACAACAGAUUACAAAUUUUGUUCUACCAGAUACCAUGAUGCCUCCUCACCUCACAAAGGGCCUCGUCUCCUAAGUGAUCCUGCCGGUCUUCAUAAUACACAGUUUGUGGCUAGCAGCCUUCCAGGACCACCAGAUAAUCAUCAUGUCCAUGCAGGUGGACCAGAGCUGAGUCAUCACUUCUUCCUUUGACCUAUCCUUGCAAGUCCACAUGUGAAAUAAGGUCAGUAAAUUUCCUGUCCUUCAAGAGCUGUUAUCACUUGUUCAUUGACAGGACGGGGUGGGAGAGGAGUGGUGUCCCACUGAUGGGCCAAGUAAUUGCAUCUGAUUCCUUCACUUUGCCUGUAAGACAGCCUCUUCUGUCCUACCACCAGUACCUUUUUAGGGAUACCAUUGGAAAGGAUGUUCCUGGGACUUGAGAUCUUAACCCAGCUAUCUCCUCAUUAUUGGGGGACCCAGUGAAUGUCACUGGUCAGAAUCUGUUUCUUCCUCUUAAA